AUGUAUUUAGAAGCAUUCAAAAACACUUUCUUCGUUGAUUUGCUCGAAUAUUUUCAUCUUGUCAACGUACAUGAAAAUAUACAGAACAAAUAUACAGAGAGAAAUGAUACCUCAAUGUAUGAGGAUUCAUCAUCAGCUGACAUAGAAAGUAAAGCGGGCAGAGAAAACCCGGUUGGAGACUCAGCUCCAUUUUUAGUGGAUUGGAAUGGAAACGACGAUCCUGAUAAUCCACAGAAUUGGAGCGAUUUAAAGAAGAAUUUGAUCGUUUUCGAAGUCAUACUGCUGACGUGCACCAACUAUAUGGGAUCAUCAAUUUAUACCCCAGGACAAGAUGGAAUUCAGAAUGAUUUUCACGUAGGUCAAGUCACUGCUACAUUAAAUUUAUCAUUGUACGUUCUUGGUUGUGGGUUAGGUCAAGUCUUCUUUUCACCACUGUCCGAAGUGGCCAAAAUUGGUAGACAACAAAUUUAUAUUGUUACUUUCCCUAUAUUUAUGCUCAUACAAAUAGGUUGUGCAACAGUCCAAAAUAUUGAAGGGCUAAUCAUUUUGAGAUUGCUAACCGGUAUUUUAUGCUCACCUCCCUUAUCAACUGGUGGGGCUUCAAUUGCCGAUGUGAUUCAUCCUGGAAAGCUGACUACCUAUAUAGCGUUAUGGGCUGUUGGAACUCUAGCCGCUCCAAUCAUUGGCCCACUAUUAGGUGCUUCAAUGGUAGUUGCUAAAAAUUGGAGAUGGACUUUUUGGUUAUUAUUAUGGCUCUCUAUUCCAUGCCUGAUAUGUUGUAUCUUCUUUUUCCCUGAAACGUCAGCAGCGAAUAUUCUAUCAAGAAGAGCUUCUAGAAUUAGGAAACAAACAGGUGACAAUAGAUAUCACACAGAACAAGAAAUGCUUGAUGCUGGUGUAACUCCCAAAGACUUCUUGAUCAAUACGCUUUAUAGACCGAUUGAAAUCAUUGUUAAAGAACCAAUCGUCCUGGCAUUUGAUGUAUACACAGCCCUUUGUUUCGGUACACUCUAUCUUUUCUUCGAAGCUUUACCCAUUGUAUUUGUUGAAAACUGGGGCUUCACUUUGAUUGAACUAGGGCUUUCUUAUUUUGGAUUUUGUGUUGGAUGUUGCGUUGCAUUUUCAGUUCUGCUAUUAUUUGUAAGCAAAAUAGUGAAACCGAGACGUCAAGACGGUACAUUUGUCCCUGAAACAUUUCUAAUACUCGCCAUGUCUGUGAGUUGGAGUUUACCAUGUGCAUUGUUUCUUUUUGGAUGGGCUGCAAUGACACACUGGAUAGUUCCUAUAAUCGCAGAAAUUUUCUUUGUUUUAUUUGCCUUCAACCUAUUUCAAACUGCUUUUUCAUACUUAGCAUUGUGUUAUCCUAAUUACAUUGCUUCCGUCUAUGCAGGUAAUGGGUUAUGCCGUUGCGUAUUUGGUUGUGCUUUUCCAUUAUUUGGUAGAGCAAUGUACAAUAAUUUAGCAAUUGAUGGCUAUCCAGUGGGUUGGGGCUCAUCCAUCAUUGGCUUCAUAUCACUAGCACUAGCCCUUAUUCCAUUUGUUUUAUAUAAAUAUGGUGAAUAUUUACGUUCAAAAUCAUCUUUCACAGGUUAA